AUGUCUACAAAUUCUACUGAUGCCAUUUUCAUUUCAACAUUAGUUUCUGUAACAAUUGAAAUCAAUCGUUAUUUACCAAUUGGAAUCUUUUUCUUCGGUAUAAUUGGAAAUCUUCUUAAUUGUUUAGCACUUAGUCAACGAAAUCUUCGUUCAAAUCCUUGUGCUUUUUUAUUUCUUUCAUCUUCUGUUUUCAAUCUGAUUACAUUAAUCACUGGUGUUGGUGUUCGUUUUCUAACUGGUUGGUCGGCUGAUUUAACAGAUCGAAAUGAUCUUAUUUGUCAAAUUCGUUUCUUUGUUUUAUCAACAGCAAGAACAAUUGCAUCUUGGUUAAUUACAUUGGCAAUUAUUGAUCGAUGCCUUUCAUCAUCAAUUUCUAUUUCUUAUCGACAAAUGAGUACAUUCAAAAAUGCUCAAAAAGGAAUUCUUUUCAUUAUUAUUCUUUCAAGUUUAGCAUAUUUUCAAUAUUUUUAUUGUUUUGUAGCCAAACCAAUAGAUUAUCCAAUAACAUGUUAUGGAAGAUCAGUUCUUUGUAGACUAAUUCAUAAUUUUGAAUUUGUCUUUCUUACUGUUCUUAUUCCUUCGUUUUUAAUGAUUAUUUUUGGAUUGAUGACCAUUUAUAAUGUUCAUCGAUCUACUUUACGUCAAAUUCAACCACUUUCAACAACAUCAACAACACAAAGAAAUGAAAAUUCCUUACGAAAAAGGAAAACUGAACGUUCACUUCUUCUUAUGUUAUUUGUACAAACAACAUUUAUCAUUCUAUUUUCACUUCCUCAAGCUGGUCUAAGUCUUUAUUCUAUUAUUACUCAAUAUGAAGUCAAAUCUGCACUUACAAAUGCUGUAAAUACUUUCUUAUUGAAUUUAUUCAUCUUAUUUACUUACAUGACAAAUGGAAUGCCUUUUUAUGUUUAUACAUUAACUGGAGGAACACUUUUUCGUACAGCACUUUUCAAUGGAUUAAAAGGGCUUUUUCAAAAGAUUAUUUGUCGAUGA